AUGCACAUUGUUAUUUAUCGCUUUUUCAUUUCUUUUUGGCUUUCUUUUUUUUUUACUUCCCUUUCUCCUUCUCAUACAGUCUUUUUUUGUUCUUCUAUUUUUCUCAUUCUUUCCUAUUUUUCUUUUUUUUUUUUUUUGCUAUUUAUUCUUCGUUUUCCGCUUCUUCUUUUCAUCUUUUUUCUACUCUUUUUCUUUUACUCUCUUUCCUUCCUCUCUUUUCAAUUCUGCUUUCUUCCAUUCGCUCGAAUAUAUUUUCUUUCUUUUUCACUUUCUUCUCUAUCUUCAUCUAUCAUUUCUCCCAUUAUCCACGCAACAUUUUUCUCUUCUUUCUCAAACGUUUCCUUCUUUUUUUUAGCACUUUUCUUUCUUUUUCAUUUUACUCCAUUUAACACCUUUCUUUCUUACUUGCUUUCCGCAAAUAACAUUUUCCUUUUGGUUCCUUUCUUUCUUCUUUUCAUUCUUUCUUCUUUUGACUCGCUUUCUGUCUCCUCGUUUUUUUUUCUUCUUUCUCUCCUUUUCACAUUUAUUUUCAACCUUUCUAUUUUUUUACGUUUUUUUAUAACCCCCACCACUUUCCACCUCCGCCUCUUGCCUCCACGAAUAUUUCUUUCUUUCUGCCUUUUUACACGAUAUCUUCUUUAUUCUUUCAUUUUCUUGCCCUUCUCUUACUUGCUUCUCUACGAUUCCUUACAUAUCUUUAUCGACUUCUUUCUCUCCAAAACCUUGUUUCUCUCUUAG